AUGUCGACUGUUAUGUCACGGUACAAACAACCGAAAAAGUUAGAAGCUUUAGCAUUAUACAAACUUGGAGUUUGGGUAGCACAACAGGCAGAAUGGCAAACAAUCCCAAUCACUAUGCUAUCACAGACAAACAUAAAUAUGGCCCAAGCCACAUUGUCCAGCAAUAUUCAGCACAUACGGACAUACUUGGACUAUAAUGUACCGUGGAUGCUUCAGGAUUUGUUUGCCAAUGAAGCCAUCAGGGCUUUAUCAGAACUACUUGAAAAAACAAAAAAUUCAUUAGGUUUUCGAGCUUCUAUGGGAAAAUUCGUCAGCCAAAUGAAUGUCAUUGUAAGAACGGCAGAAGUAUUAUUUACAAAAAAAAUUACCGUAGUAGUAAUAGAUAGCCUUCCUAAGAUGUUGAGAUCUGUAUUCUACACAAACUUACACACGCUUACUGGGCUCGUAUACUUAAACUUAGGGUCACUUUCAGGAGGAUGGAAAACUGCCGAUAUGGAGGAAGCCGUAGUUAAAUCUUUGAAGGAACUGCACCUCUUAAAAUAUUUAAUAAUAAAUUAUGAUUGUACUGAUACUGUAUUGAGAUGUAUUGUAGAAAAUUGUAAGCUUCUAGAAAAAUUAGAUGUUUCUUCCUCUAAAUGCAUUACUGACGAGAGCGUAGACAUCAUUUGUAAAAUAAAAAAAUUGAAAGGCAUUCAACUUUACAGAACUUUUGUAUCUUUAAUGGGCUUUGUUAACUUACUUAUUAAUUGCAAAUAUUUAGAAGAUAUAGGCAGAUGCGACGACAUCGGGAGAGUAUUAGAAUGUAUUGAUGCGAAUAGUUCCGAAAGAACUACACUUAACCUAAGGACAUUUGUUAGUCGGUAUGCCACAUUUAAUCAGUUGCAAUUAGCAGUGCAAAUAUGUCCUUUUAUUAGAAAUAUGACUGUCUUUCAUAAAACCUUAGAUACUGAUCUAAUGUCACUCAUAGGUCUGCAGGAUUUACAAGAACUAAAGCUUUUGUCAUGUGACUUUUAUGCCGAUCAAGUAAAACAGGUUCUUCAGAUUAAGGGCUCCAAUUUAGUAUCUCUACAUCUCGAACAUGUUGAUCAAAUUGACUUAAACGCUCUCAUGUAUAUAAGUCAGAUGUGCCCCUUUUUGGAAUCAUUGACUUUGUAUAAUUGUACUUUGAUUAAACAUACAUCCUUAUAUACAAAAAAAUUAGAAAUUCAACCGUUUCGUAAUCUCAAGAAACUCACAUGUGUUUCUACUUGCACAGAUGACCAGUUGAUUUUCAUUUUAUCAAAUUGUUUAAAUGUGGAAUACAUUCAUUUAGGUACUGCCAUACAAUUAACGGAUGAUUUCAUAUUUAAAAUACUGGACAAGAAUCCUUUAAUAUAUUUAAAAGAACUUCGUAUAAUGCAGUCCGAUUUCUUAACGAUGACGUCUAUAGAAAGAAUCAUCCAAAGUUGUAUGAGUUUAGAAUUAUUAGUAGAGUUAGAAAGCUGGACUCUUUUAACAGACAAUGAUCGAGAAUAUUUAAAAAACUACAUUAAAGUGAAUAAUUAUAACGUAUCUACAAGUAGCAGCCGAAGAUAUGACUCUGAAAAUUAA